AUGUCGCUGCACGAAGCGUAUACCCUGGCGCACACCGCACAGUGUAGGCUCCAGAUGGAAGCGAGCAGACCAGACAGAAAACUACGCUUUGUCGUCGGUCACCUUCUGCACUAUGAGUCCAUGCGAUUGCGAAUCGUCGAGAUCGAACACGACAUCUCCAAGCGUCAACGAGCAAGGUCCGUAACAUUCCAAGGAGCCGGCCACAUCGACAACCGGUUACAACACAAGCCAUCUACUGCCCAACUCGGUCGAAAGUCACCGCCUCCUACUGCAUCCACAUAUGACGAUGACGAAGACGACGACUUGGACGACAUGCGAGACGACGAGGAAGAUGCCGGCCUCUCAUUACAGCGCUUCCCAUCGCGCUCUUCUCGCCCGCCGGAUAUGGUCCCGGACGAAGAAGACGAUGACGAUGAAGACGAAGACGACGAGGAGCCAAUCUCUCCCCACGAGCCUGACGCCGAGACGCUGGAGAAGUGUGUCAAGGGUGAAGGGAACGAAGUGUAUGCCAGCAUGUACGAAGGAGUGAGGAAGUGCAGGUGUCACGGCAAGACAGAUGCGCCGAGUUUUGACCGCAUGUGGGAGCUGCCGCCAGAUCAGCAGGGAGAGAAGGAAGGAGUCACGAGAGCGGUCGCACACGUUCGUGAUGUCGAUGCGGCUCCGAAGGAGAGCUGCACGGUCACUGUACCGAAUGUGCAGGUCGAGGAAGUGGCGGCGUGA